AUGUCGUAUCCCAGCUCCCCCAAUCCCGGAUACGCCUCCGCAGAUUCGUCACUUAUCCUGCCGAAGAGCCCUAGCUUUGGUGUUCUGCGUCGAGACAGUUGGCAAACACUCUCCGAAUCACCUUAUUCCUUCGGUGCUGAGUCUCGCUUGAGUACUCUCUCAGACAAGUUUUCUCUUUCUCCAGAUCCGCGUCUCUGGGGAUCGGACUUGUCGCCAGAUCUUGUCGAACCCGAUGAUGAUCUUCACAAUCCCGGUAAAGAGUUGGAUAGGCCCCAGGACAGGAAAAGGGUUUUGUUCACGAGAAGGGGGUUGAUAAACGUGGGCUGUAUCGUUGUCGUUUGUGCGACGCUAAUUAUAUUAUUUAUCGGAUACCCCGUUUUUACAUACAGAAGUGGCUCGUGGUUGGUGUCGGGAUACAAUGCAGGUGGCAUCAACUCCACUGGGCAGGUCCCAUCCAUUCCAGGCAACUUUGGCCUUAUUGAUCUCGAUACACCGAAGGAGGCAUAUACGAAAUAUUCGCUAAGGGAUGGGUCUGAAAUGUUGUUGGUAUUCUCUGACGAGUUCAAUAUCGACGGACGCACAUUCUACCCCGGCGAUGACCCAUAUUGGGAGGCAGAGGACCUGCAUUAUUGGGCUACAAACAAUUUAGAGUGGUACGACCCGGAGGCAGUGACGACGUCUGGAGGAUCUUUGGUCAUCACGUUUUCGGAAAAUUUGAACCACGAACUCAACUACCAAGGAGGACUGAUAUCAUCAUGGAACAAGUUUUGCUUCACAGGGGGCUAUAUCGAAACGUCCGUUCAGCUGCCGGGGACAAACAACGUAAUAGGAAUGUGGCCCGCUAUAUGGACGAUGGGCAAUCUUGGCAGAGCAGGAUAUGGCGCCACCUUGGAAGGGAUGUGGCCGUAUACAUACGACAGCUGCGAUGUAGGAACAGCCCCCAAUCAGACGAUCAACGGCCUGCCCCAUACUGCAGUAGUCGAUGGCGAUCACGCCUACGGAGGCGCGCUGUCGUACUUACCAGGCCAGAAGCUCUCGCGUUGCACCUGCGACGGUGAGAGUCAUCCUGGCCCAAAGCACGACGAUAGGACGUACGUAGGGCGUUCUUCUCCAGAGAUUGAUGUUCUGGAGGCGCAAAUGGGUGGGCAUCCCCUCAGUGGAGAGGUCUCUCAAUCCGCGCAGUGGGCGCCUUUUAAUCGGCACUACUUCUGGUUUAACACGUCUGACAACGAAAUUUUUGCGGAUCCCACCAUAUCCCGCCAAAAUGGAUUCAUAGGUAGCGCGAGCCAGCAAGCUACGUCCGUUGUAACAAAAACGAACCAACGUUGCUACGAACUGGUAGAGGACUGUUAUUCGGUUUACGGAUUUGAGUACAAGCCAGGAUACGACGAUUCUUAUAUAACCUGGGUGUCGGACAAUAAAGUAUCUUGGACUCUGAACGCUGCUGGUCUUGGCCCAGACCCAAGCGUGGAAAUUUCAGCACGACCUGUGCCACAAGAACCAAUGUACAUCAUCAUCAAUCUCGGCAUGUCAGAGAACUUUGGCACCAUCGACUUUGAGCAUCUCACCUUCCCAGUCCAUAUGAAAGUGGACUACAUCCGAGUCUACCAAGACAUGUACCACGUCAACGUCGGUUGUGACCCUCCUAACUUCCCGACAGAGCAAUACAUCAACCAGUUCGUCCACUUUCGAAUUUGCCCUGUUUACCAAGUCUCACUUCAUCAAUAUUCAUGGCAGAUAUCUUGA